AUGGUGUCGAUUGUCAACGCGAAGGCGGACGUCCUCCGCGCCACCGCCGCCCUCGCGGCUAACUGCAACGCGGCCAAGGGGCUCCAGGAGGUCGUCAAGUCCAACUUCGGGCCGCACGGCACCUUGAAAAUGCUCGUCGGAGGGGCAGGUCAGAUCAAGAUCACGAAAGACGGCUGCGUUCUGCUCCACGAGAUGCAAAUUCAGCAUCCGACGGCGUCGAUGAUCGCGCGCGCGGCGACGGCGCAGGACGAGAGUACCGGCGACGGCACAACAAGCAGCGUCCUGCUCAUUGGCGAGCUCCUCAGGCAGUCUGAAAGGCUCGUCUUCGAGGGCGUGCACCCUCGGCUUCUCUGCAGAGGCUUCGACAAGGCGCGCACCAAGUGCCUGGAAGUCUUGGACCAGCUGAAGGUCUCCGUGCCCUUUGCGCCGCUUCCGGACCGCGAGCUCCUCCACUGCGUCGCGCGAACCUCGCUGCGUACCAAGUUGCAAGCGGAUCUGGCUGACAAACUCACACCGGACGUCGUCGACGCGGUCUGCCUCAUCGCCAAGCCCGAAGAGCCCCAGCUCGACCUCUUCAUGGUGGAAAUUCUUCACAUGCGCCACGGCCUCGCGAGCGAGACGAAGCUCGUUCGGGGUAUGGUGAUGGAUCACGGCGCGCGUCACCCUGACAUGCCUACGAGCCUUAAGAAGUGUUUCAUUCUCACUUGCAACGUUUCCCUGGAGUACGAGAAGUCGGAAGUGAACUCAGGAUUUUUCUAUUCUUCCGCUGAAGAGCGCGAAAAGAUGGUGGAGGCUGAGCGAAGAUUCACCGAUGAGAAAGUCAAGAAAAUAAUCGAGUUCAAGAGAAAGGUCUGCACGCCGGAGAACGGAAUGUCCUUCGUCGUGCUGAAUCAGAAAGGCAUCGAUCCGCCGUCUCUCGAUCUCUUCGCAAAGGACGGCAUCUUGGCUCUCCGGAGGGUCAAGAGACGCAACAUGGAGCGCCUGUCUCUCUGCUGUGGCGGAAACCCGGUCAACUGCGUGGAGGACUUGGUUGCCGAGGACUUGGGCUAUGCGGAGCACGUCUACGAGCAGACGCUCGGCGACGAGAAGUACACGUUCGUUGACGGCGUGAGAAAUCCGCAGUCCUGCUGCAUCCUCAUCAAGGGCCCAAACGACCACACGAUUGCACAGAUCAAGGAUGCGUUGCGAGAUGGCUUGCGCGCAGUGAAGAACGUCUUUGAAGACCGCGCGGUUGUGCCUGGCGCGGGCGCCUACGAGGUCGCCGCAUACUCCGCUCUGCAGACCUUCAAGAAGCACGUCCAGGGGAAGGAGAAGCUCGCGGUCGAAGCGUUUGCGCAGGCGAUGCUUGCCAUCCCGAAGGUGCUGGCGGAGAACAGCGGCCUCGACGCGCAAGAAGCUGCUUUGUCUCUCGUUGACGCAUUCGAAAACAAGGGGCAGCCUGUCGGACUUAACCUCGCAACAGGAGAAGCGCUCUCUCCCGCCGUGGAAGGAAUUUGGGACAACUACCGCGUGAAGCGUCAGGUGCUUUCCAUCGCCCCAACCCUGGCACAGCAGCUUUUGCUGGUCGAUGAAGUGCUGAAGGCGGGAAAGUCGAUGUCGCGUGGCUGA